UUAAGAAAAAAGUAGACAAAAAAUAUUUUAUUUUUUAUUACGUUAUUACAUUAUUUACUUAGUUUUAUUGCUUAGGUGUUUUUAUUAUAGAGGUGUCAAAGUAAAGACUUUGUUGUGAAAAUCUUUUAAAAUUUUCGUAGAAGGGCUAGGAUUAUGUCGAUUAGAAAUUCGUCCUUUAUAACAUUUUUCUCUUAACAAUAUAAGCUAUAAAAAUUUAUUAUUCGGCUGCUAAGCUUUUAUCUACGUUUUGUAACAUAUUGUAAUUGUAUUUAGAGAAAAAUUUUAGAGAAAAAUUUUUCCUUGUAACGAAUCUAAUUUCUAGAUGUUUCUAGAUGUUUUCACGUAAUUUUUAGCGUGAUGAACAAGUUUGAACGUGAAAAAUCAUGAUUUUUCCUGUUAUUUGACUGUCUGCGCAAACUUUUCCCCCACUUUUCUUUAUAUUUCGAUAUAUAAGCAGCACGAGAAGAUGCGAAUUCUUAUUCAUUUGAGUUUGCUCGUACGAAAAUCUUCCUUUCGGCUUCGAUACAAGAAUUUGUCGUUGUUGUGACUAGUAUUCAACUCGGUUUUAUUCGAAAGUGAUAACAAUGGCUGCCACGAAAGAAGUUUCCAGUGAUCAGAAGAAUCUAGUCGAUUUUGUUAAAUCUACACACGUUUGCGAUAUUAGCAAAUCGGACAACAAGAUCGACAUCGAUAGAAGAAACGAACAGCGUUAUUUAUUACUAUCGACAACGUAUGGUCUUAAUUCAUCCUGCACUAAGAAGUUACAUGUGGGGUUGCAAGCGACAAACGACGAUUGCUUCGUGCCGAUUGUUAAAUUAACUGGCAAUUAUAUCGAUGGAAUUUGCUUCGAUAUUGACAGCUGGCAGCAGUUUCAAAUCAGCAUGGAACAGAUGAGACUGUACUUGAGCGAAAAUCAAAAAACUAGGCCGAGUCCGAUUAUCAUCAACAAUAUUUCCAUCGGAUUCACCACCGCUUACGGGUCGAGGGCUGUGAUAGUGACUUACAAGGAAAAUGCAGAACAAUCUGCGAGUAAUGGUGAAGCGGAGGAGCAAGCGCAGCCGCCUUUGAAGAAGCGAAAAACGCAGAACAUCGCUAUCGUGAUGCAGAAAGCUACUUUCCUAGGCCUGGAAAAUAUUGCGAGAUGUGUGGAUGCACAUUUGUCUCAGCUAGUUUGCAUCGCCGACACCGUCAACACCUGCGCCAAUUACUUAAUAAACGAGAUAGAAUUAAAACUCCCAUCAGCUUACAUAGAUCGUGAAAUUAUAAAGCUCAUAGUUAUCGGUAAUUUUCAAGAAAUUGAACGCAAUGUACAAACGCAAAUAAAGGAUUUAACAUUUUUAGAUGUAUAUUUCAAUAUUGUAUUCGAAGAAUUACUUUUUCACUAGGAUUUAAUGAAAUUGCGCGUAUAA